AUGGAAGACAAGCUCCAGUCUGUGGGAUUUCGGCAGCGGCUGGCAGCGGCAUAUCCCUGGACCACGGCCCCGCUCAUCGUUGGCGCGCCGAUGCGGGUUAUGUCGGGGCCCGCGCUGGCCGUCGCCGUGUCGCGUGCCGGCGGCUUCGGCUUCAUCGGGCCCAGCGAGAAGCCAGAGAGCACGGCGGCCGAUUUGGAGACCGCAAAGGGCCUGAUUGCGUCGUCCGGGAUUCCGCAACCCACGGGUUCUGCUCUCCCAGUCGGAGUCGGCUACCAAAUCUGGAACGGGGACCUCGAUGUCUCGGCAUCGACAGUCUCGCAGUAUCACCCGGCUGCGGUUUGGCUCUUCGCGUCUCGACAUGGUCAGGCAGAUGUCGACGUCUGGACGAAACGGCUGCACGAGGCUUCCCCGGAAACGGAGGUUUGGCUCCAGAUUGGCACACUGCAGGAGGCGCUGGACGCGGUGCGGAGUGCGUCCCCACCCAAUGUUCUCGUUGUCCAGGGUGCCGAAGCCGGCGGACACGGGCGUACUUCCGACGGUAUUGGGUUCAUCACGCUCCUGCCAGAGAUCGCCGACGCAACCCGCGGGUCCGGCAUCCCCCUCAUCGCGGCGGGCGGCGUCGCCGAUGGACGGGGCGUGGUGGCCGCGCUGGGAAUUGGCGCGGCGGGUGUGGCCAUGGGAACGAGAUUCCUCGCCUCGCAUGAGGCACGCAUCAUAAAGGGGUACCAGGACGAGGUGGUGAGGGCGACAGACGGCGGCGCAAACACGGUCCGGACUCACUUGUAUAACCACCUUCGCGGCACAUUUGGCUGGCCCGAGCAGUUCAGCCCACGCACCAUCAUCAACAGGAGCUGGAAGGAGAAGCAGGCCGGUACCGCAUUCGAGGAAAUCAAAAAACGCCACGACCAAGCUGUGGCCCAAGGAGACGCAGCAUGGGGCCCUGAAGGUUGGACGGCGACGUAUGCCGGGGCAAAUGUCGGACUGGUCAGGGGCGUGGCAAAAGCGGGAGAGAUUGUCGAGGAAGCCAGGAACGAAGCAGCCAGGAUUAUUCAGGCAUUGAGUGGGCUGUAA